UUUUUUACAAAUAGGUCUGGAGAUCCCUUGAACCUGUUAUGCCCAGAGCAUUUUUUUUUCCCUCUUUUCACAUUGCUAGAUUCUGGAAGGUUCCUGGGGCUGUUUGACUAACAGAAGAUUUGGAGUGCUAAGGAGAUAAUGAUGAAUAGCAUAAAGGCAAACAGCCUGGGACGUUUAUUCAAGCAGUUGAAAACAGUCUGGAGUUCGCCUUCAGCGCCAGCACGAAGCUGCAGCUUGGCCACCUGCACUCCCAAAAACAGGAAUGAGGCAUUGCAUCCGCUUUGGCAGAGCCCACUUACAAUUCCUGGGGGCAGUCGCCAGUCUCCUAUCAACAUCCAGUGGAGAGACAGCGUCUACGACCCCGUCCUGAAGCCUCUGAAGAUCAGCUAUGACCCAACAACGUGUCUUCACAUCUGGAACAAUGGGUAUUCGUUCCUGGUGGAGUUUGAUGAUUCUGCUGAUAAAUCGAUCAUUGUUGGAGGUCCUUUGGAAAACCAGUACAGAUUGAAGCAGUUCCACUUCCACUGGGGAGCCAUCAACGAAUGGGGAUCAGAACACACAGUUGACAGUAAAUUCUACCCAGCAGAGCUGCAUUUAGUACAUUGGAAUGCUGUGGUGUACCCAACUUUUGAAGAAGCUGUGAUGGAAGGCGAUGGCUUGGCUGUAAUUGGAGUCUUUUUAAAGCUAGGAGCACAUCACGAAGGGCUGCAGACGUUGGUGGAUGCCUUGCCAGCAAUUAAACACAAGGACACUGUUAUUGAGUUUGAUGUCUUCGACCCCUCCUGCCUGUUACCUUCAUGCCCUGAUUACUGGACAUAUGCAGGCUCUUUGACCACUCCCCCACUUACUGAAUCAGUCACGUGGAUUAUUAAGAAGCAGCCAAUAGAGGUUGAUGAGAAUCAGCUGGAGGCGUUUCGGAUGCUGCUCUUUACUUCAGAUGGUGAAGAAGAGAAGAGGAUGGUGGACAACUUUCGCCCCCUUCAGCCAUUAAUGAACAGAACUGUCCGCUCGUCCUUCCAGAGCAGGCAUCUCUUAGAUAUGGAAGCACAAUACUCGGACCACGCUCAGCAGAUCAGGCCAUAGAUGGCCCACGGAAUGUCAGUCCAGACUGUAGUAACUGGGUUUACCUUACUCUGUAAUGAUUCCUCCUUUUUUGCAGGAUGUUUAUGCCAUGCAGUUUCACAGACAGCUAAUUUUGGUUCUGAGAGUCAGCUGAGCUUCAGUAGAGAGGCUGUGUGUAUUUUAAUUUGUUUUUAAUACAAACUCUUAACAAAUUGCUCACUUAAAAGCAGGGAUCAGUGAGGAAUUCUUUUGAAAGUUAAAGGCAAAGUAAUGCAGGAGAUCUUUUCUCUUUCUGCCUUCUGAAUUGUUCUGUGCCUCUGCAUAACUCCUCCAGUGAUUUGCUUAAAUUAAUAAUUGCAACAUGUUAACAAGCAGGAGGUGUGAAGAAGUGAAGUCUGUUAAGGUCCUUUGUGGAACUUUUGGAGUUUUGAGGCUAGAACUGUCUUCUGCAAUCACACAUGUAGAUGUGUUUUAGCUUUGUCCUGUUUUAAAACAACAACAGCUGGUGCAUAGGAUGAUGAGGAAAAAAAAAAAGCAUUGGUUGAGUGACCCAUGUUUAUAAUGGAUGUAAUGUAAGUCUGCCUUAUCUGUACUGCAAACCAGAAGACUUU